AUGGCGGAUCGAUACCGCACCCCGACCGGCCGCCACGCCACCAAGCGGCAGCCGCUGAUCGAACUUCGCAACCAGGGAAACACUCCUUCUGUGUCCCAGCGCGGCUCCGCUGCCACCACCAAGCACGUCAAGAACAACUUCUCCAACCCCAGCCUCCCGCAUAAUGAGUCUCUGGAGCCUAAUGGCUCCCUGGCCGUCCGCAGCAGUGAGCAGCCAGAAUCUUCCGCCCAUAAGCGCGUGUCUCAGAUCACGAACGAGGAGCGCGAUUCCAAACGCAAUUCUGCCAUCUCUACCACAUCGACCAACGCGUCAUCGAGAAGACGCAAGACGUACAUUGGCCACUGGCAGCUUGGCAAGACCAUUGGAAAGGGCGGCUGCUCGCGCGUCCGUGUGGUUCGGCACAGAUAUAGAGACCAAUUCGGUGCCGUCAAGAUCAUCACGAGAUCGGUGGCAGAGAGCACGCGCGCCCAGAGUCUCGCCAAUCUGAUUGAGAGUACCAGAGGCUCGUCGUCAUUCACGCCUACCGGAUACAAACCAAUACCAUACGGGCUGGAGCGUGAAAUCGCGGUAAUGAAACUCCUCGAGCAUCCCAACAUCGUGCGUCUGUUCGACGUAUGGGAGAACAGGAAUGAGCUGUCAGUAACAUUUCCUUUGCCCUAGAAGUUGAUAUACUAAACUGCUCACCAGGUAUCUCAUCAUGGAGUACGUCGAUGGGGGCGAACUCUUUCACUACGUCGACGAGCGAAAAGGGCUCCCAGAGGACGAGACAAUCUACGUCUUCAGACAGAUCGUCUCUGCGCUGCUGUACUGCCAUCGCCUGCUCAUCUGCCACCGAGAUCUGAAGCCCGAGAACAUCCUCCUCAAUAAACACGAUCUGACCGUGAAGCUCAUCGACUUUGGAAUGGCAGCACUCCAGCCUGAGGGCCGACUGCUUAGCACACCUUGCGGCAGCCCUCACUACGCAGCCCCCGAGGUCGUCAGCAGCAAGCCAUACGACGGGAAGCAGGCCGAUGUUUGGAGUUGCGGCGUCAUUCUAUAUGUCAUGCUGACCGGCACUACUCCAUUCAACUACGGAGAAGACGGCGAUAUCCGCUUGUUGUUUCGGGACAUUGGACGAGCGCAUUACUACAUGCCAAACGGACUCAGCCUGGAAGCCAAGGACUUGAUCAAGCGCAUCUUCGUGACGGACCCGAGGAAGCGCAUUACCAUGGAUGGCAUCUGGGAACAUCCACUCUUGCAUAAAUACGACAAGAUGUUCCGAUUUGAUGGGGCUGACGGUACAAAAGAGGCCGCCAUCGGCCAAUUGCCCAAGCUUGAGCAAUGGAAGGUCAAGCGCAUACAGGACGUCGACCGUGAGAUUCUGCGGAAUAUGCGUACCUUGUGGCACAGCGAGUCGGAACAGGGCCUUAUCCAGAAGCUUCUGAACAAUGACAUAAACCAAGAGAAGCUCUUCUAUGCUGCUCUCGUCAAGCAUCGCGAGGAACAUCUUGAGAACUAUGUCGGGGAACCUGAUGAGAUCAGCUACUCUGCUAGCGAUUACCAUCACAGUCGUCCGGCAAUUGCCGCGGAUGCUCCUCCUUUACCCUCCGAUGCACCGCGGUCCCAGUCUCAAUAUUCCAUCAUGAAUGACGAGCACCUGCGGGCGAGUAGCAGCUUCGCUGGGCCGCCUCCCUCGCUGAGCAGCUACGAUCCUUAUCGAGCGUCCAAGGAUCCACUCGUGGACGCACGGGGUGAUUACCUCAACGUUGUCGUCCACCGAAGCGGCACCACCAGCACUCGUAGGACCAGCACAGCAGGUGGCCGACUCAGGCAUCCCGCAGCCACUCGAAUCGAGCAGCACAAGCGGGAGAUGAUGUACAACAGAUCAUACCAUAACCGCUCGGCGUCAAGCCUGACACGCUCUGGCAUGAGUAGACACUCCAUGCAGCGCUCAUCCAUGUCCCGGCACUCGAUGACCAGCACGUUGCUACCCAGUAGCCCUCCUGUGAUCGCCAAGAUGCGGCCGUCCGAUGUCCACAAGCGCGGUGUCAGCUUUGGUCACAUGCGGCGCACCUCGACUAUGAGCGCAUUAACGGGCCAAGAUUCCUCGAAGGCGUCCACUCCAGCAACUCCAAGCCUCCCAGGCACACUCCGUGACCGAGUUCAGAGACUACACUCUGAUGCCAAAGAGGGUCCGGCAUCAAGUCCAUUAGCGCACAUGGACCAGCCGAUCAAGUCUCGCAAGGAGCGAGCUGCAAAGUUGAAUACUCCUCGUAUCAAGGUACGCAAGCCGGAGACUCCCAGUCAGCACAUGCGAAGUGAGAUUCGUAAACACAGCGCGGAGCUCGAAAAAGCCUGCGAGGAGGCCUUCUUCCGAGACUCUUUUGGAUCUGGUGUGACCGCCCGGACUUCACUGACAGACAAGCCAUCGCCAUACGACACGCCGCCUUCUUCAAUCUCAGCAGCUCCCUCUGUUACACCUGAUCUUCCCUCAAUGAAAGCCACGCCUCGACCCUUGCCUGAGUUUCCCAAGGAUACUCCGAACACGUACUUGACCAGAACACUGGAAGAAACACGCAUGAAGCUCGAGGCCUACAAGAGUUCCGGUGACGACAGUUCAGCCAAGUUCGACGAAGUGAUGAAGAUGCUCGACACGAUCAUGCCCGGACCGCAUCCCUCCGAGGAUAGACGAGCAGUGACAGCUCCGGAUGCAACUAAGGCUAUCGAACAGAUCGGCGCACUGCCCGUGAUAUCCGAAGAGAGCAGCGAUCUUCGGAGCAGUAGGGAAGGGACGAAUUGGCACCGAAGCGUUACGGACCCGGUGAACAAGACGCGAAAGCACGAAGAGAGAACUAUUCGCGUCGUCCCGCCGUCUUCUCCCGGAGCCAUCGCGCCCCUCAAUGUUCGAAAGAGAAGCAACGGGAGUCAAUUGAGCAGCGACGACAGCCGCAGAAAGCCAACCGCGAAUGCGUCUCUUGAAGGAAUGGGCCGGAAGCAACAUGACACGGAUGUAUCCGGUCUCCAUUCCAUCGAUGAGGACAGCACCUUGACGACACCCACCGUCGUUCGCAAGAAGCGGUCUGGUUGGUUCGGCCGGGGGAAGAAAGAAGAUGAUACGGAAGCGGACACCACCGCGGUUGGCACGACGACUGUGUCCACGAAUUUGGACGAUUCUGCUGACCGCCGCGGUUCUGGCAUGCUCCAGAUCGAUACGCCACGACAGAAGCCAUUGCCAACGGAACCACCUCUUUCGGCGCAGUCGAGCGAAUUUCCGGUGCGCAAGCAUCGCUUUGUAGGUGGGAAGAAAGGGUUUGCUAGAUGGAUUGGCCGCAUGGGCCGUGAGAAGGGUCUUGAAAGCAACAUGACGGAAGGAGGUGAGUACCUACUGUCGACGUCCCGCGCCUCUUCUAAGUGCAAUUACUCACAACAUGUCACAGACACCACCAUCAUGACGAACCAGUCCUUGGAUUCACUGUUCUCGUCCGCAUCUCAAGCAACCUCGAGCAACGAUGCGCCCCCAGCUCCAGGGCCUGAACGCUCCUGGUUUGCCAGAUUCUUCAACAUCAAGCCCGCUGCUCAGGUCCUCUGUUUCAACCUUGGCCGAGGCAGGGCACGGCAAGAGCUGGUCAUUCUCCUUAAGGAAUGGCAGCGCCACGGUAUUCGCGACCUCCAGUAUUCUCGCGGAACAAACACCAUUGCUGGCCGAGUGGACAAACGCAAUGCCCUUGACAUCAAGCCAGUCAGCUUCCGUAUCGAGCUUUUUGUCGUGCUUGAGCAUGGACGUAAGGUUGGACUCUCGAUUGCCCGCUUUGUCCAGGUCAAAGGGGCCGUGAGCGGAUUCCGACGAGUUCUGGAGGUCGUCGAUGGAGUCAUGAGAGGACGUGGUUGGCUCGUCGAGGAUGAAGAGAAAUGGCGAGCUCUCUGUGAAGUCAUCGGGGCUUGA